AUGGCAGAAAACUUGGAGAGAGACAAGAGAUCAAGAACAGCCCACAAAACACAUGUACGGCGAAUAAUAAGUGAAACCAACGAAUUAUUGACGAUAUUUGACGAACGAAAACCUGAACAUCGGCAAAAAUAUAAGCAUUACAAGUCUACGCUAGAGCGAAAGAGAGACGUGAUUAACGACCUUGACAAGUCCAUUUUAACGGGAAUUAAAGACGAGGAGAUCGAAGCCGAAAUCGAAGAGACGUCGGAGUUUACGGACACGAUAAAUCUGACUUUAAUAGCUCUCGAGGAAGCGAAAAUAUCAAAGGAAAACGAAGGCAAAAAUGUCGAGAACGCAAGUCAACCUGAAAGUUCACCGCCUCUAGAAGAGGGAAAUCACAACACAUCCAGCAUUUCAAUCGGUAGCAAGGUAAGAGCUAGACUUCCUAAGCUACAAUUAUCUACAUUUAAUGGAAAUUACACUGAAUGGCAAUCCUUUUGGGACAAUUUUGAGUCGGUUAUUGACUCGAAUGAAGAUUUGAGUGAAAUCGACAAGUUUGCGUAUUUGAGAGCGUCGUUAAGUGGGUCAGCGGCAUCCGCCAUUAAGGGGUUUCCCCUGACAGGAUCAAAUUAUUCUGGUGCAGUUAAAUUAUUAAAGGAAAGAUACGGAGAUUCUCAGAAAAUUAUUAGUAUUGACAUGGAUUUAUUGAUAAACUUACCAGCAGUUUUAAAUGGGAAAGAUCUUAAGGCUAUGAGACAAUUGAGCGAUGACAUUGAAGCCCAUAUGAGGGCACUGGAGUCCCUGGGGUGCAAACCAGAACAAUACGGCGAACUAUUUCUACCUUUGUUGUUAAACAAAAUUCCAAAGGAAAUUAGAUUGGAUAUAUGCAGUAAAGUAUCGGGAAAGUCAUGGAACUUUAAAUCAGUUUUAAAACAACUUAAUGAAGAACUAGCAAACAGAGAACGAUGUGAAAUAGUAGCAGCAACUAAGAACCCUCAGGAGGAACAUAAAAGAUUUAAUCGUGGUAAAUAUUUUGGCCCAAAAGAUCCUACAACAACAUCAGCGUUUGUGGUUGGAGGAAAUAGAGAACAUACCUGCAUUUACUGUGCUCAACCACAUUUAUCGAUUAACUGUACAGUAGUCACGAAUGUUACGAAACGGAAGGAGAUCCUUAAACGUAGUGGCCGUUGUUAUGUUUGUACCAUGAAGAACCAUAUAAGCAAAACCUGUCAAUCAAGAACACGUUGUGGCAAGUGUCAGGGACGACAUCAUACCAGCAUUUGUUCUCAAGGCAAAGAAACUCGCAGACAAGAAAUGAGGAGUGUUGAGUCACAAACUGUAGAACACGGGAAACAGAAUAAAGCAGAAAACAGCACAAAGCAAGACCAAAGGAACAAAGACAACACAGUACCUGAAGGGUCCUCAACAAUGUGUGUCAACACGAAGAACGCAGUUUUACUCCAGACAGCUAAAGCGACAAUUUAUCGACCAGAUAAACCACAUCGUAAACAAAAGGCUAGAAUCAUCCUUGAUGGAGGGAGUCAGCGAACCUAUGUCACAGAAAGAGUUAGAAAUGAAAUGAAUUUAGUAACCUCACAUUCAGAAUCGUUGACAAUCAAGCCAUUUGGAUCAAGUGGUGGAACCACUCAGGUAUGUGACAUAGUGGACUUAUGUGUUAGUGUGGACGGAGAUGACGAUGUGAAAUUAUCGGCUAUCAGUGUACCAUUAAUUAGUGCCCCAGUGCAAGGGCAAUAUUUGAAGCAUGCAGUGAAGAGUUACUCACAUCUGUCAAAUUUACAGUUGGCUGA